AUGGACAGACGGACGGGGGACCACUGGAUCGGUCACCUUGCCCCAGGGCAUCAUGGGACGCUGUUGUCACCCCCCUCCCCCCAUCCAGGUCCACUGCAACAACCUCCACACGCGCGGCGUCGGAAUCUUCCGGGCGGUCGAGUGCCGCUUCAAGAAGAUCUUGGCCACGGCCUGGGAGCCCAUGGUGGCCACCCACAGCCUGGCCGGGGCCACCAAGGACCCCAGCGCCCGCUUGGUCACCGUCCCCUUGGGCGGGCGCCACGCCCGCUUCAUCCAGUGCCGCUUCUUCUUUGGAGCAGAGUGGAUGCUCUUCAGCGAGGUGUCCUUCGUCUCAGAGGUGCUGGACGACCCCGUGGGUGCCAGCGGGUGGCCCCCGACCCCCGACCCCUCCACCGCCAUCUUGGAAAACGCCCACGACAGGGGCGGGGCCACCAACGAGACCGCCCUGGCAGCCCCCGGGGAGGCGGGACCGGUCCCGGGUGUGGCCCAGGGCGGGGCGGGGCAGUCGCCGGCGCUGCUGGGUUGCCUGGGCGCCAUCAUCCUCCUCCUGCUCGCCAUCAUCAUCCUCAUCCUGCGGCGGCGCCGCGGAGCGACCGGGCCGCUGGGAAAGGGCCGCGGGGCGGAGGCGGCGCUGCGGGUGCAGCUCUCGGGGGACACCGUGGUCAUCAACAACGCCACGGGUGGGGGAGGGGCGCGGGGGGGACCCCGCUACGAACGGAUCGGAACCGGAACCGGAACCGGAACUGGAACCGGCAACGGAACCGGGACUGGGAUUUGGACCGGAACCGGAACCGGAACUGGGGAGUACCAGGAACCCACCCGGGCACAGCCCCGAGAGCCCCCGGUGCCCCCCGGGGCUGCCAACCCGGCCUAUCGGCUGCUCCUCGCCACCUACGCCCGGCCAAUAGGAGGCCUUGCCCUGGCCCCGCCCAACACCGCCAAACCAAUCAACACUGACGGUGAGCCUGAGUGUGGGGCGGGGGCCUACGCCGAGGCUGACGUCACCGGAGGCUCCGCCUACGCUCUGGCUGGCCCCGCCCACAGCCCCGCCCAUGGCCCCGCCCUCCCAGCCUUCCCUCGGGACCGCCUCCGCUUCCGGGAGAAGCUGGGGGAGGGGCAGUUUGGAGAGGUGCUGCUGUGUGAGGUCAUCACCCCCCACACCCUGGGACUGGCCCCGCCCCCCAGCUCAAGCCACGCCCCCUCGGCCACAGAGCGCCCCCUGCUGGUGGCGGUGAAGGUGCUGCGGCCGGACGCCAGCAAGAACGCGCGGCGGGAUUUCCUGCAGGAGGCGCGGGCGCUGUGGCGGCUGCGGGACCCCAACAUCGUGCGGCUGCUGGGGGUGUGCGGGGGGCCCGGCCCCCUGUGCAUCGUCACCGAGUACAUGGAGCACGGAGACCUGCACCAGUUCCUGGGCGGGGCCCGGGGCCACGCCCUCAGUUUGGCCACCCUGGUCCAUCUGGGGGCGCAGAUCGCGGCCGGGAUGCGCUUCCUGGCCGCGCGGAAUUUCGUGCACCGGGACCUGGCGACGCGGAACUGCCUGGUGGGCGAGGGGCUGCGCGUCAAGGUGGCCGAUUUUGGGAUGAGCCGGAGCCUGUACGGCACCGAGUACUGCCGGGUGCGCGGGCGGGCGCUGCUGCCCAUCCGCUGGAUGGCCUGGGAGAGCAUCCUCUGGGGCACUUUCAGCCCAGCCAGCGACGCCUGGGCCUUGGCGGUGACGCUCUGGGAGGUGCUGACGCGCUGCCGGGAGCAGCCGUACGGGGCCCUGAGCGACGAGCAGGUGAUCGCCAACGCCGGGCACCACUUCCAGAACCGCGGGCAGCAGCAGUACCUGCCGUGCCCCCCCGGCUGCCCCCCGGCCCUGCACCGGCUGAUGUUGAACUGCUGGGCCCGCGAGGCGGCCGAGCGGCCGGACUUCGGCCACCUGCACCGGGCGCUGAGUGACCACCGGGCCCUGGAGUGA